AUGUCGAUUGUUUCGUUGCUUGGAAUUGAAGUGUUGAACAAUCCUGCUCGAUUUUCUGAUCCAUAUGAGUUUGAAAUCACGUUUGAGUGCUUAGAGCCUUUGAAGGAAGACUUGGAGUGGAAACUCACAUAUGUGGGUAGUUCACGGUCUCUAGAUCACGACCAGGAGCUUGACUCUAUUCUAGUGGGCCCAGUUCCUGUGGGAGUAAACAAGUUUUUGUUUCAAGCUGACCCGCCUUCUCCAGAAUUGAUCCCUGCUAGUGAAUUGGUUAGUGUCACCGUCAUAUUAUUAAGUUGUUCAUACGCGGGUAGAGAGUUCGUUCGUGUUGGAUACUAUGUUAAUAACGAAUAUGAUUCAGAAGAGUUACGUGAAAACCCACCUGCCAAGGUCCAGGUGGAACACGUCGUCAGAAAUAUUUUGGCAGAGAAGCCUCGUGUGACGAGAUUCAACAUCGUGUGGGACAGUGAAGAUUCUAACCCAGACGAGUAUCCUCCUGAGCAACAGGUCGACGAAGAAGAAGAAGACGAGGAGGAAGAGGAAGAAGAGGAAGAGGAAGAGGAAGAAAUUGAUGAAGAGGACGCUGAGGUUGGUGAUGCCGAGGAGGAUGUCGAAGAGGAUAUUGAUAUCGAUGAAGAGGCUCAGUCAAAGGCUGAUCAGGACAAAAACGGAGACACUGACGCUGACAAGGGAAGUAGUGCAGCCACGCCCAACGAUAAAGCAGACAGCUAA